AGCUGCCUGGCGGCAGCAGAGGAGUUUGAGUAGUGAUAGAGAGAAAAGGUGUGUGCAACAGAGAGAGAAAGAGAUGGAAUGAAAAGAAGCCACGAUCACGUAAAGCCAGCUAACUGAAAGCAGAGUCCCUGGAAGCAGAGUAUGACUAUAGUGUAACACACGAUCCGAGACUUUCACAAUAUACUUUUGUUGAAGAAUCUAUUUUGUGAUUUCUCAUUCCGGACUUCCAUUGGUUUAACAAGAGUACACCAGACAGUGAUCACCAAUGGCUGCUGGCCUGGAGAAAGCUUGUCACCGGUGCAUAUCUAAAAUUGCCAGUAACGCAUGCUUUAUUUUUGGGCUUCUUGCUUUCCUUGCUUUACCACUGGCCAUGGCUUUUACAGGAAUGAAGUUUUUGGAAGACUGCCCACUUCAACCACUAAUUCCCUUAUAUCUGUUGGUGGGUGGUGUUGUCGGCAGUUUAAAGGUGACUCUUCUGCUUUAUGACUCCACCAGGAUGCGGCAACUGCUUUCCAAAUCUAUCGUGAUUGAUGAUGAUGACGAUGAUGAAUAUCCAUGGCGGCAGAAUGCUCACAAAUACUACAUCCAUGUUACACUCAGUCUCUUCCUCUUUAUCUGGUUCAUACUUGGGAACUAUUGGGUGUUUUCUGUCUACCUGCCAAAUUUCAUUCCACCUUUCCACCAACCCCAGGAUUAUUGUGAUAAAACCCUGUACAUUUUUGCUGUUGGAGUUCUUAUUGUUAGUCAUACUGUGCUGUUUUUGCUUAUCUUUUGUAGCUUCUGUAUAUAUUGUUUUUCUAGGCGAAGAUAUGCUGCAGAAGAGGAUUAAAAGCCAUAGAAACUAAACCACAGCUGUUAGGUAAAGGGAGUCCAAUGAAAAACAAAAGGCAAUAAUUUACCAGAGUGUGUGUGUGUAUAUAUAUAUAAAAAAAUAGCAGCCAACUAUACUGAGGAAAUUGUGCAAGCCAGUGCCAUCUGGCUCUCUUAAUAUAAAACAUCAUAGUAAUGUAAAAUUGCUGCUAUAGAUGGCAAGCUGCUCUCCCACUAACAUUUACAUCCAUUUUGUUAGGGGUUUCAUUUGAAGUGUUGAAAUCUGCAGCUGAGAAUUGCAGACAGCAAACUCCUCUCAAACCUUAUUCUUAGACCCUUAGGGAUGCUGUUUCAGCAUAAUACAUUUUCCUCUCAAUUUGUAUAGGUAAUAUGUGGUCUAUCACCAUGGUAUCUGAGCACCUCCAUAUCCAUUAGCCUUUUGAGGGUGUAUCAUUGUCCCUAUAUUACAGAUGGGGACUGAGGCACAGAGAGAUUCAGUGAUGUAGCCAAGGUCACACAGGAAGUCUGGUCA